AGGUUUCAGUUCAAUGCGGUUUGCAAUUGUUAAAAAUCUGUACGUAUUUUAUAGAUAGUUCUGGCAUGUCAUUAAACAUUAAUUAUUAAUUAGCAUAUCUUUGCCGUCAUCCACGUCGACAAGUAACAAGCUACAUACUUCGACCUGCUUCCAAUCAAAUUCUUACUUGAAUAGGCCCAGAAGACUUAAAAAAAAUCCCCAAAAUGGCCACUCCUCCAAUCAUCGUCUACUCCAACCCCGACGAUUCCUCCGACCCUUUACCCCCCUCCACCCGAGAAAUCACCAUCCUCCUCCUGGGCGAAACCGGUGUCGGAAAAUCCACCUGGAUCAACGGCUUCGCCAAUUUUCUCCAAUUCUCCGACCUCUCCUCCGCCGAAGAAAAUCCCACCCUUUGCAUCGUCCCCACCUCCUUCACCGUUACGGACGAAAACUAUGAAGAAAAACUCAUCACCGUCGGUCAGGACAACAACGAAGUCAUGGACACGGGACAAUCCGCGACGCAACACCCGCAAUCCUACCUCUUCCCGAAAGAUGGCGCCAUGGUGCGGCUAAUCGACACGCCCGGAAUCGGCGACGUCCGGGGGGUCGAACAAGACAAGAAAAACUUCGAACUUAUCCUCGACCAUAUUUCGCACCUCGACUCCCUCCACGCCAUCUGCAUCCUGCUCAAACCAAACAACGCCCGACUCAAUAUUAUGUUCCAGUUCUGCAUUAAAGAGCUGCUAACUCACCUCCAUAAAGACGCCUGUACCAACAUCGUCUUCUGCUUUACCAACUCCCGCUCAACUUUUUACCGCCCGGGUGACACGUUGCCCGCUUUGAGAAAACUGAUCGAAGAAAAUCAGCACGUCACGAUCCCCUUAAACUUGUCGACAAUUUACUGCAUGGAUAACGAAGCGAUCCGAUUUCUUUACGCGACGAAAAACGGGAUCAAAUUCACCCCUGACGAACGUAGGAAUUAUGUCGCAUCUUGGGAGAAAUCUGUCGAAGAAAUUGCCCGCCUUCUCGACCGAGCGGGAUCCUUAGCCCCGCACGCGGUCCAGUCGACCCUGUCCCUGAACACGGCGCGGCAAACGAUCCUCGCUCUCGGCAGUCCGAUGGCCGAAGUAACGCGGAAUAUCCAACUUAACAUCGCCAUGCAGCAAGAUCUUAUUGAACAGGUGGAAAAUUCGCAACAAUCGAAGGAAGAACUCAGCCGAAAUUUGGUCCUCAAAGAGUACGAGAUACGCAUGCGCCAACUCGCAGAACCCAGAACGGUUUGCACCGCGGUGAAAUGCGUUGAUUUUGUUGAAAUUGGGGGGAUGAAGGAAACUAAUUAUAGAUCGCAUUGCCACGAAAGUUGCGGAACGGGGAAGGAGAAACACUUCAAAAUUGUGAAUAUCGUCGGACAUAAGAAAUUAAAGAACUGUUCUGCCUUCAAUUCGAAUGGGAGUUGUAAAUCGUGUGGCUGCAGUUGGAAAGAUCACAUGAAGAUAACGUAUGAGACGGAACUUAUCGAGAAAGAUAUUCCAGAUGUGGCCAAACAGAUAGAAUUAAUAAGCAAGGAGAAUUCUAUUAGGAAGAUUGAGAAAUUUAUUGAAAAUAUUGGCACCUGUAUUGAAGAGUUGAGCCAAGAGCAGGAAGAGAUUACUAAAGCGAGUGUAGAAUUCGCAAAAUUUUUGCGACUUAACGCAAUCACGCCGUACAAUAAUGCGAUGGCGGGGUACAUUGCGCAUUUUAUUCAUGUUGAGAAGAACAAGUUGGCUACGGCGGGGGGAGGAAAUCCUAAAGUCUUGGAAGGUUUGCUCGAAAUGCAGGCAAAUUAUGAGAAACAGAUGGAAGUCUUAGAAGAAGCCAUGCAACAGCCAGAUUGCGGCCCACCGUUAACUCCGGAAGAAUUGGACCAACUUGUACAACGCUUGUAUACCAUGAAGCACAACGGGAAACUACUCAUGGAGAUGAUGGAAACGUCACAAUCUGCGGCAGAAUCUUGCUUCACGGAAAAACUCGUACAGAGAAAUUCAAGCUUUACCACGGUUAAAAGACAGCCGAAAAAGAAGAAAAAAUUGAUAAACGAUAUCAAACAAAUGUUUAAACAAAAAUCCGUCAAAUCGGAUGGGAGGAAGCGGGUGGAAAAUAAUAAUAAUGGCAUCUCGUCCAAACAGGUCCCCCAAAUAAACCGUUACCAUCGCCCCCAGUACCUCGAAGACCGGAUCCAAGUGUCCUCCAAUCAGCAAAAUUGGUGUCAGGCAGCAAAUUUCUUCAACCAAGUAAUAAAGCUUCAGAUUCUCUAAAACAAAAGCCUGCCGGGGAUUUUAACAAAAAUUCUGUCCGGAAACCGGAAAAGGUAACUCGGGUGAAGGAACCUGCCCCACAACCGCCGCAAAAAAAGACGCCAGCACCUUCACCACCUGGUCCGCCACCAAAAGCGUCACCAGCGCAAGCACCGGCUCCCCCACCCCCACCGCCGCCACCCCCACAAUUGGAAACUAAUAAUAACGACGUUGCUGGUGACCAUGCACUUAAACCAUCGCUGCCGGAGAUGACGCAAGGAAGAGCGUCGUUAUUGGAGGAUAUUCGUAAACGUCCGAAAUUGAAGAAAACGCCUGCUGUCACUGAAGACAAUAAUAAAACGGCAAAAUCCCCCACGGGAGAAGGAGAUUUGGUGGAUGCAUUAAAACGUGCUAUGCAUGAAAGAGCAGCCAAAGUUCAGGAUUCAGUUGACGAUGAUGAUUGGGAUUAGCUUUAUUUUAAGUAUUCGUAAAAUAAAUUAAAAUUAAAAUCAAAGAUUUACACUAACUACAUGCGGAUUGUAUUAAUGUAUUGGUUACAUUUGCAUAGGAAACUGAUUUAAAUUCAUAGAUUCUAAAUCAAAUAGAUCAUUGCACUAAAUGGGUAGAAAGUAACUUCCUAAAAACUUGUCAAAAAAUUCAAAAGUUGUAAUAUUUAUUAUUAAUUAAUAAUUUUUGUUUGCACUUGUAUAUUAAUAAACAAAUGCGUACAUUAAAGUCAAAUAAAUCAAUAUAGAAAUGCUA